AUGGCUUCAUCCCUUCCGGAGAAGCUGGAUUGCUCUGCAUCAACAUUCAUGGAGGACCACGGUGUGUGUUCCUCUGGAGUGCCAGUUGGGAACAAGGCCAGCUUCAGGGAAACAAGUCUGUCUGGUCAUGAGAGCCACGUUCCUAGUUCUGAAGUUCUUGAAGCGAUAGAGAACGUUAUUCACGAUGUACUUAAAAGCCUGGCCCAAAAAAAUGCACCUGUUCUCACACUGGCUAACAGAUCAGAUUGGAGGAAUAUAGAAUUUAAAGAUUCUGUAGGUCUACAGAUGAUACCACAAUGUACUACAAGACAAAUAAGAAGUGACUGCCCUAAGUCAGCACCAAAAUUUGCUCUGAUACUCAAAAUACUAUCUAUGAUCUAUAAGAUGGUGCAGAGCAAUACUUAUGCAACUAAAAGAGAUAUAUAUUAUUCAGAUACACUACUGUUUGGUAGCCAAAGUGUUGUGGACAAUAUAAUCAAUGACAUUUCUUGCAUGCUUAAGAUACCUCGGAGAAGUCUACAUAUACUGUCUACAACUAAAGGUUUUGUUGCUGGUAAUUUAAGUUACAUUGAGGAAGAUGGUACAAAAGUGAAUUGUACCUGCACUGCAACAGCAGUCACUGUGCCAUCUAAUGUUCAAGGAAUUAAAAAUUUAAUCUCACAUGCCAAAUUUGUGUUAAUUGUAGAAAAAGAUGCAACUUUUCAGAGACUCUUGGAUGAUGACUUCUGCAAUAAAUUGUCCCCGUGUAUAAUGAUUACGGGAAGAGGUGUACCAGAUCUUAACACACGACUUUUGGUCAGAAGACUGUGGGAUACUUUUCAAAUUCCUGUUUUCACCCUUAUGGAUGCAGAUCCACACGGUGUAGAAAUAAUGUGCAUCUACAAAUAUGGAUCCGUGUCAAUGUCUUUCGAGGCCCAUCAUCUCACCGUUCCAUCUAUAAAGUGGCUUGGUCUCCUUCCAUCUGAUCUUGAGAGAUUAAAUAUACGCAGAGAUGUCCUGAUUCCAUUUACAAAGCAAGAUCAAAAUAAGUUAGCAAGUAUACAGAAGAGACCUUACAUUGCUUGUCAGCCAAUGUGGAAAAGAGAACUGGAAAUUAUGGCAGCAUCUAAACUGAAGGCUGAAAUUCAAGUUUUAACUUCUCUUUCAUCAGAUUACCUUUCCAGAGUCUAUUUACCAAACAAACUGCAAUUUGGUGGAUGGCUAUGA